AAGAAAAAAUUCGUAAACAGAAAUUUUACAAAAAGCAUAAAAUAUUACCGGGCGGCCACGACACGGGGCGUAGUAAGGGGGCGUCGCCUGGCCCGCCUCCCCACGGGCCCGAGGCUCGGAGCCCCAAGCCCCCAGUUGUCCGGCAGCGGCGGCUACGCACGCUCGUCUGUUAUGCUCCGCGAGUGAGUGCCGCAGUGAAGUGGGGCAGAGGCCCAAACAUUCGAAAAUAGAAAACGAAAAAAUUGACCGCCAGAUGGGCGUUUACGAGGAGAGGGGAGCGAUGCACUGGCAACAAAGCGAGCGGUACAUAUCGUCAUACGAAGGUGGCGGGGACCUAUCUCCGGUGGCGCCGGCUACGUCACCCGGGUCCCCUCGCGACUGCACGUCGUGUAGGAAACGCGAGCCCCCAGACGAGCCGGCCCAGCCUCCAGCCGACGAUCCUUGCGCAGGCUGCGGGUGUCGCAUCACCGACCGGUACUACCUCUUGGCCCUCGAGAGGAGGUGGCACACGCCCUGUCUAAGGUGCUGCGAAUGCAAGAUGCCACUUGACUCGGAGCAGCGCUGUUAUGCACGGGACAGCAAUAUCUUCUGCAAGAAUGAUUAUAUCAGGUUGUACGGACCCAAGCGCUGUGCUCGCUGCAACACGGUGAUCUCAGCGUCAGAACUAGUUAUGAGAGCACGGGACCUCGUUUUCCACGUGCAUUGUUUCUCCUGCGCGUUAUGCAAUACGCCCCUAAAUAAAGGCGACACGUACGGCAUCAGAGACGCUGCCGUCUAUUGCAGGCUUCAUUACGAGACUAUGCCAGAAUACGGACCACAUAUGGCCGUGCCGGGUCCCCCGCAAAUGUGUCCUGGUACGUACGCGGGACCGCCUCCGGGGGCCCACUAUCCCCCGUACCCGUCGCCGGACUUCACCCGUGUCGACCCGGAUGUGCAGAAAGGCCCGUAUUUUAACGGCGCCGCAGCGCCCCCUCCGCGACAAAAAGGACGCCCACGAAAAAAAAAGCCAAAGGAUCAAGACAUCAUGACCGCAAACCUGGAUUUGAAUCCCGAUUAUCUGGAGAUGGGUUUCCGUGGCGGUGGUACCCUGGGCUCCACGUCCAGAACUAAGCGCAUGCGUACGAGCUUCAAGCACCACCAACUGAGGACAAUGAAGUCCUACUUCGCGAUCAACCACAACCCUGACGCUAAAGAUCUGAAGCAGCUCAGCCAAAAGACUGGACUGCCGAAACGUGUUCUGCAGGUAUGGUUCCAGAACGCACGGGCGAAAUGGCGGCGCAUGGUCACGAAACAGGAGAACAAGAUGUCGGACAAGUGCUCACCGGACGGCUCGCUCGAGAUGGACAUGUACCACGGGCCCAUGGGCUCCAUCCAGUCGUUGCCCCCGCACAGCCCGCCGUACAGUGUGAUGGGAGGCCCGCCCAGUCCCAACUCCAUGGAGUGUCCAUAGCCUCUGUUCUGCGCCCUAUGAGCGCAUCCGUCAAUGAGAACAGUGCCGACGAUUCAUUCCGAGAUAUUCCCGUGUCCUGUAGAAAAUUAAUACGAUCUUUCUUUAGUGGUGAAAUAUUAAAAAUAUUCAAAAUAUAAAUGAAAUGUAGUGAGUUCCUUAUAUUAGCCCAAGCAAGUGACAGAUAAUGAAUACGCUGCAGCGGCGUCUUGUGCAACAAUCAACAACAAGCCGGCUACCUAACGAUUAGGUACACUAGGCUAUGUGUAUAAUAUUACGAACGUCUAAUAUUUAAUGUAUUUUAUUUAGUUGAAUCUCAAAUUUUGUUCGUUCCUGCAUUGUAAUUAGUGGCACAUUGUAAGCGUGUAAUAACAAUAAUAAUUACUCGUCCCAUUGUCAAUUUAAUUGGCUGAGUCGGAAUUCUGAACAUUUUUUACUGAUUUGAAGAAAAACCUUAGAAGUUAUUUAUUAUUAUAAUAUGAUAAAUUUGAAAAUUAACUAUGUUUUUUUAUGUUUAUCUUGUUCACAAAAACUGAAACUUGAAAUUUCACGGACGAUAAUUAUUAAUUUAAUUGAACUGUAAAAAUCUCGAACCUUGAAUCUCAACUAUGUUGGGUGCUUUUAAAAAGAAGAAAAAAAAACGUUUAUGUACAUAUAACAAAUUAGUUACAGCUAGAUGAAAGAUAUUUUAAGGCACCUUCCGUUGUAAUAUUCGCAAGACAUGUUUAAAACAUCAAUCUGUACAGCGUAUGUAAUCUCGUGUUUAUUCUAAUAAUUAACUAAGGCCUGGGAAGAUGACCCUCCAAAAUGAUUGAAAAUGAAAAAAAGCAACAUCACUAAUACGUUUUUGUUUUUAAGCUUUACAUUUUGAAAAAUGUCAAAACUCCGCUAAAUGCAAAUUCAUACUCCCACAUUCACAAACCACGAUCACAAUUUUAUAAACGUUAAAUAAUUAUGUAUAUUUCGGUUCAUCGAACCAAAACGGUUGAGAAUUUUUUUUUAUUAAUAUAUACUAUUUAUUUAUUACAUAUUUAAAGAAAAUAGUUAAGUUAGUUGUAAGAUGUAGAUGUUUAAAUUCAAACUUUUCCAUAGUUUAAUCAACUAUUAGAUGUAACAUAUUUUAUAGGGAUUGAUCGCUGAGUGAGAGUUACUAAUGGGAAUUCAGUUUGGUUUGGUUAUUUAAGCCAAACGACAUAUAUCUAAACAUCUCCGUUAUUAAAAAGAAACAGUAAGAAAUGCUAGUUACUAGAUUUUAAAUGUAUUUUGUAAUGUCCGUAUAACACGGAAAUGAACAACGAAAAAUUACACGACUCUAUGUUUAUGGAUGUAUUUAUUCAACAAAGAUCAAGCAUUAUUAUUUUUAUAACAAAUGGAACGUUCAAUUCUAAUCACGAUAUUUUUGGAACACAGAGUUCAAUAGAAUAUAACAUAUAUUGAAUUGUGAAUUGCAAAAGUUUAUGUCAAAAUAGUUUGGUUACUUUUUGUUUAAAUACAUUCAAAAUGCAUGCUUUAUGCGGUCAACGACUAGAUAAUAUAAUUUAAGGGUUUAUAAUUAUUCCGGUUAAGCACAAAGUUAGUUCCUUUUUGUAUAGAUAUGUAAACAAUAAAUUUACUGCAAUAAUAUCGAAAUGUAGUGAAUAUGGGGUUAGCAGAUAUUAUUUCGGCAUCGUGAGAGGUGCGCAUUCGCAAGCCGCGAGCGCCCACUGAAAAAAUCUGUGACGAAAAUUAUUUUAAUCUGUUAAAUAAAAAUAUUUCAACUAUCA